AUUUCUAUUUGUUGAGAUUCCAGCUUCAAGCUUGAUUCCCAGGAUUCAACUUCUUUUCAAACAGAAUUCUUGUUUCAGUUGAAUUCCUGUUUGGACCUUUAUUAAAACAGUGGUCGAGGGUUUGAUUGAAACGGUGCUCCUUCUGGGUGAGGAAGUAAUCGUUUUCUUCUUCCAACUUGCAGACGUGGGAACUCUAGGACUCCGUCGCAGGGAGGAAGUAGGAGGAGAAGAAGAAGAGGGCAACGAUAGAAAAGGCACCGAUGAGAGUCAUCAAUCCAUGGCUCCUCCUUCUCCGGAGGAUCUUGGCGAGGGCUUCAGCCCUCACCAGCCGUCGCCUAGAUCCGCCCCUGUUGUCACCGAUUAUUGGUGAACACCGAUUAUUGGCGGUCACCGGUGGUCACCGAUUAUUGGUGAACACCGAUUAUUGAUCCAUUUGAAUGAUAUUAAAUACGAGGCAUUCUCUCCUUUUCAUCAGCACAAUUACUAUGGCUAUCUUCUACGCUCUUCUCUUCUUCCUUCUUCCCCUCUCGUUUCUCCUGCUGCGAUCCAAACAAUUGAUCUCCGGACGUACCAACCUUCCCCCCUCACCUCCAAGGCUUCCUUUCAUCGGCAACCUCCACCAGCUCGGUCCCCUCCUCCACCAGUCCCUCGCCGCCCUCUCCCGCCUCCACGGCCCCGUCAUACUCCUGCACCUCGGCCACGUCCCCACCCUCGUCGUAUCCUCCCCUGACGCCGCUUGCCACGUCCUCCGCCACCAGGACCUCGUAUGCGCCGGACGUCCUGCCAUCACGGCGUCCAAGAUCCUCCUCGACGGCGACAUAGCCUUUGCCCCCUACGGAGAUUACUGGCGGGAGCUCCGCAAGAUCUGCACCGUCCACUUGCUGAGCUCCAAGCGGGUGCAGUCCUACAGCCUCGCAAGGGAGGAGGAGGUGGCAGCCAUGGUGGUGGCCAUAGCGACGCAGGCCUCGACCACCAUAAAUCUAUCCGAAAUCAUAUAUUCCUUCACCAACGACGUGAUCUGCCGAGUGGUUUCCGGAAAAUUCAAGAUAGCAGAAGGGCGGAGCCGAGUUUUCGCAGAGUUGAUCAACGAGAACUCAGAGCUGCUGGUGGCAGUGUACCUCGGGGACUACUUCCGGUGGCUGGGGUGGGUGGAUGGGUUGCUUGGUUACGUGACGAGGGUGAGGAAGCUCAGGAAGAGGUGGGAGGAGCUGUUGGAUCAGGUGAUCAAGGAGCAUGCGGAUCGAGCGUCGUCAAAUAUAGACGGUCACGAUGAGAAGGAGAAGGAGAAGGAGAAGAACUUCAUGGACGUUUUGAUGUCGCUGCAGGACAAGAACGAGUUUGUCCUCGAGCCAGCAAACCUCAAGUCGCUUCUCAUAGAUGUUUUCGGAGGUGGAACAGAGACAUCUUACAUUACUUUAGAAUGGGCCAUGGUCGAGCUCGUUCGCAAUCCUCUCGUCAUGCAGAAAUUGCAAGAGGAAGUGAGAAGGAUAGCGAACAGAAAGAGCCUUGUCAAAGAGGAAGACCUCCACCAAAUGACCUACCUGCUGGCCGUCAUCAAAGAGGUCCUUCGGUUGCACCCCCCAGCUCCAUUAAUACUGCCGCGAGAAACUUUGAAUGACUGCAUCAUUCAAGGCUACAACAUACCCAAGAAGACGAGAAUCUUAGUGAAUGCGUGGGCGAUUGGUAGAGAUCCAAAGCAGUGGGAUGAGCCUGAGGAGUUUAGGCCGGAGAGGUUCUUGGAUGGGACGGUGGACUUCAACAGAACUGAUUUCCGGUACAUACCCUUCAGAUCGGGACGAAGAGUUUGCCCAGGACUGCAAUUCACCAUUGUUUCAUUGGAGCUUGCACUGGCGAACCUGGUGCAUCAGUUUGAUUGGGAGCUGCCUGAUGGUAUGGAGAAGGAGGAGUUCCACACGAGGGAAGCUCCUGGAAUAGCAGCGCAACGAGAAGGGCAACUUCAUCUUGUUGCCAAACCAUGGAUUGAUUGCUUAGAAGAGUAGCUAUGCACCAGAUAGCUAGAUAAAUAAAGAUGUCUGUGAAAAUGGUGAUUCUUUUGCUAUUUUCAGACUUGUGGGCAAAUAACAAUCUAUAUAAAGUAGUUCACCAAAGUAAUUAAUGGAUUUCAUGUGGUGGAUUGUGCUCAUGAAAUGUCAUAGGUGAAUUGUGCUUACCAGAAGAUUUAUUCAAAAUUGAAGUCUUCAUCAA